AUGGCAGUGGUGAAGGAGAUUCUCCGAUCCAGAAACAUCUUGCUUGUUGUUCUCAUUCCACUUCUGCUGCUUCCUCUGCCGCUUUUGUACCCCUGCAGCGAAGCCUCAUGUGCCUACGUGUUAAUUGUGACAGCUGUAUACUGGGUUUCCGAAGCAGUACCUCUUGGUGCAGCAGCCUUAAUUCCUGCUUUCCUAUACCCACUUUUUGGAGUCAUGAAGUCCAGUGAGGUGGCUGCUGAAUAUUUCAAGAACACAACUUUGCUCCUCAUGGGUGUGAUUUGUGUGGCAGCUUCUGUAGAAAAAUGGAAUCUCCAUAAACGUAUUGCUCUGCGAAUGGUCAUGAUGGCUGGAGCAAAGCCAGGCAUGUUGCUUCUUUGCUUUAUGUGUUGCACCACGGUGCUUUCCAUGUGGCUUUCCAACACAUCCACCACAGCCAUGGUGAUGCCAAUUGUGGAGGCAGUGCUCCAGGAACUAGUGAAUGCUGAGGAGGAGCGUGAUGUCAUCAGUACUGCAGGCAGCACCAUUAUUGAAGAAAACGAGCCAAUAGGUCUCAACGAAAAGCAUGACCAACCUUCACUGGAGCUUAUCUUCAUCAAUGAGGAUGCUACUACUACUGACUUCAACUCCUUGAUGCAUUCAAAGACUAUGAAUAGUGUGCAUAUGAUAGCCAACCCGAUUGGAACGAUGAAAUCCAAGAGCAAUGGGCAGCAGCUACCUCAGGCUCAGAUACUAGUCCUACCUCCUAAGCCCUCUGAACUGGACCUGAGCACUAAGUACCGGUAUCAGUCCAGACAUGACCACAUGAUCUGCAAAUGCCUCUCACUGAGUAUCUCCUAUGCAGCAACUAUUGGAGGACUGACAACCAUCAUAGGGACUUCAACUAGCCUCAUAUUCUUAGAGCACUUCAACAACCAAUACCCAAAUGCUGAAGUGAUGAAUUUUGGAACCUGGUUUUUGUUCAGUUUCCCCAUUUCCCUCAUCAUGUUGGUCCUUACUUGGUUCUGGAUGCACUGGUUAUUCUUGGGCUGCAAUUUUAAGGAAACCUGUUCUUUGAGCAAGAAGAAGAAAACCAAGCGGGAAGAAAUGUCAGAGAGAAGAAUUCAUGAAGAGUAUAAGAAACUGGGGAAUGUCAGCUAUCCCGAGAUGGUGACUGGAUUUUUCUUCAUCCUGAUGACCUUGCUUUGGUUUACUCGUGAGCCCGGCUUUGUACCAGGCUGGUCGUCAUUUUUUGAAAAGAAAGGUUACCGGACUGAUGCCACUGUUUCUGUUUUUCUUGGUUUCCUCCUUUUCCUCAUUCCAGCAAAAAAGCCAUGUUUUGGAAAAAAAGAAAAAGGAGAUGCUGAAAGGUCAACAGACACCAACACACUGGACCCCAUCAUCACCUGGAAGGACUUCCAGAAGACUAUGCCCUGGGAAAUUGUAGUGUUGGUUGGAGGCGGUUAUGCUUUAGCAGCUGGAUGCAAGACUUCUGGCCUCUCUACAUGGAUUGGGCGCCAAAUGCUGUCCCUGAGCAGCCUUCCCUACUGGGCUGUAACUCUGCUGGCCUGCAUUUUAGUGUCCCUGGUAACAGAGUUUGUUAGCAAUCCAGCAACCAUAACCAUAUUUCUACCUAUUUUAUGCAGCAUGUCAGAAACCCUGCUUAUCAACCCUUUAUACACCCUGAUUCCUGUCACCAUGUGUAUCUCCUUUGCGGUGAUGCUGCCUGUGGGUAAUCCUCCAAAUGCCAUUGUCUUCAGUUAUGGGCAUUGCCAGAUUAAAGAUAUGGUGAUAGCUGGUCUGGGAGUAAAUCUGAUUGGUCUGGCUGUUGUCAUGGUGGCAAUCAACACGUGGGGAAUUAGACUCUUCCAGCUGAAUACUUUUCCAGAAUGGGCAGCAGUAAGCAAUGUCACUAGCCAGACAUAAUCUCCAACUAGAAAAAAAAAAAAAAAAAAAAAUUAAAAAGAAAAAAAAAUAGUGCCAGACCAAAGCGAGUUCAGACAAAAUACUAAAUGUGAAUUGCACCCAUGAAAGAAAGGAGAAAAUUUGUGCAUGUGUAGAACCAAGAUCCAGGGCAAAACCACAAAGAAAACUCACAGGGAGAUCUUCUGCAUAACUCUGUUCUGAAAGGCAACGUGAGAUAAAUGGAGAGAUUAGUUUUCCCCUAUUGUUGCUUUCCUAUAAGACUGGUGGUAUUGUAUUCCAGUAUAGAAUACAAGUAUACGUACGCUACUGUAUUCAAGAGUUGACUUCAAUUUUACAGCUGACACUUACAGAGAAUGAAAAGCAACUCUUGUUUCCAAACUCAGAGUUAUUGAAGCUUGCUUCUUUUGAAGGCAAAUCCUUCUUCUUCUUUUGAGCUAAGUCAUCAAUGUAUUGGAAAAAAAACCCCACUCUGCCAGUUAAUCGAUAUGACCUGGAAAGAAAUACAGCUACCAAUCUUCAGGUACAACAUUUCAAAGGGAUAUCAGAAACCACAAAACAGACAGGAAGGGGAAGUAUCCUGGUCAGGAGAAUUGCUUUUUUUUGUUUGUUUGUUUUGUUUUCCACAGCACUAGUAUAAGGUUUCCAGUAUUGCAGUACUUGCAAUCCCCUAUAUAAAGCUUUGAUCAGUAUCUUCUCUCCUUAUUACUGCAGUGAGAGCUUUUUCAGAAAGGAAACUGUGACCAAAAAAACAUUACCUGGUCAACAGACCCAUUACUCUCCUCCCUUUUUUUGACUCAGAUAAGAUAGUUAUGCACUUACAAUUUCCCUGAAAGAGAAAGUAACAAGAUAGUGUUGCUCCAUGAGUAAGAAGGGAGUGUACUGAAGUGAGACGUGCUGACAUAGCUCCUCAUCAUGUGUAUUCACUUGAACAUCACACCACCCUGCUCUCUAACAGCCCAGGGAGCAGGAAUUUCAAUCGUGGGAAACUGUCAGAUAAAGCAGAUAAUCAGCAGACCAAAAGGUCAAUCUUUUUAUCAUAUGCAAAGUGAAUGUCCUGCUUUUCUGACUGCACUCCUGUGUUAUCUAGUAAACCCUCUCUUGCAUUAUGUACUGUUUUAAAUCAUUUAUAUAUAAUUUUUUAAAUGACAGUGCCUUUAAGCUGUAUAUUAAGAUGAUUGGCUCUUGUGUAACCACCUUCUUCAUAUAUAUACUUUAAUAAAUUUGUAUGCUUUCUACAUAUAAUCUAGGCUCUCUAGAUGUUAGUGUGAAUGCCUGUGCUGCAUA